UAUUUCUGUAAGGCUAGUUCCGUAAAUAAAACAGUCCAAAAACCCUAGAGUGUCCUCUCUUACAAAACAAACCCACUUUCUCACUUUUUGUCUCUUCGUUUCACCUGUUUGUUCACGCCGCCGCAAAAGAUGCAGAUCUUCGUGAAAACCCUAACGGGUAAAACAAUCACCCUCGAGGUCGAGUCCUCCGACACCAUCGACAACGUCAAGGCCAAGAUCCAAGACAAGGAAGGCAUCCCGCCGGACCAGCAGCGGCUGAUCUUCGCCGGGAAGCAGCUCGAGGACGGGAGGACCCUCGCCGACUACAACAUCCAGAAGGAGUCGACGCUUCACCUCGUCCUCCGCCUCCGCGGUGGCGCGAAGAAGAGGAAGAAGAAGACGUACACCAAGCCCAAGAAGAUCAAGCACAAGCACAAGAAGGUGAAGCUCGCGGUGCUCCAGUUCUACAAGGUCGAUGGGUCUGGGAAGGUGCAGAGGCUGAGGAAAGAGUGUCCUAACGCCACCUGUGGGGCUGGGACGUUCAUGGCGAGUCAUUUCGAUCGUCAUUACUGUGGUAAGUGUGGGCUUACUUACGUUUACCAGAAGGAGGGUGCCGAGGCUUGAUCUCUUUGUCUUAUCUUUAAGGAUUGGUUUUUGGUUUUGGUAAUUUCGUAAGCUUAUUGUAAGGGAUUCGAUGUUUGGACAUGUUUUGUUCUGGAUUGAUUAAAGUUAUUACAUUAUGUUACUUAUGUUGGUCUUUUAAUUAAUCUCUGUCGUCGAUUAUGUUUGAA